AUGCUUCAGCAGAGCAAGAUCCUGAAAGUCAUCCGGAAGAACCUGUCAGUGUUCUAUAACUGUCUGUUCUUCACAGGUGAAACAAAGGAGCAGGUUGCUCACUCGGCCUUUGUGGAGAGGCUCCGGAAGCACGGCCUGGAAGUCAUCUACAUGAUCGAGCCCAUCGAUGAAUAUUGUGUACAGCAGCUGAAGGAGUUUGAGGGGAAGAUGCUGGUCUCCGUCACAAAGGAAGGACUUGAACUCCCAGAGGAUGAGGAGGAGAAGAAGCAGCAGGAGGAAAAGAAAUCCAAGUUCGAGAACCUGUGUAAGAUCAUGAAGGACAUACUGGAGAAGAAAGUGGAGAAGGUUGUAGUGUCCAACAGACUGGUGACCUCCCCGUGUUGUAUAGUAACGAGUACAUACGGCUGGACGGCCAACAUGGAAAGGAUAAUGAAGGCCCAAGCACUGCGAGAUAACUCCACAAUGGGCUACAUGGCGGCCAAGAAGCACCUCGAGAUUAACCCCGACCAUUCCAUUAUCGAGACGCUGAGGCAGAAGGCCGACGCCGACAAGAAUGACAAAUCUGUGAAGGAUCUGGUGAUACUUCUCUACGAAACGGCUCUCCUGUCAUCAGGCUUCAGCUUGGAGGAUCCACAGACACACGCCAACCGCAUCUACAGAAUGAUCAAGCUUGGCUUAGGUGAGCUCUGGAAAUGGACGAGUAAUUGCGAAUGA